CAUUAAAGAGACGUGUGGUCCUCGAGAGGUGAUGUCUUGUUUGCACGGCCCAGGGCUCUGGGGACGCCGGCGGCACGGCUUGGCGGCGCGCCCCGCCGCGGCCCCGCCAACUCGGAGGCUGCCGUGGCCGCGGGGAGCUCCCCAGUGUGCACGCCGCCUGGGGUUAUUCAUGGCGAAGGUCUCGGCGGCUUUGUGUUUUGAGUGUGUGCACAGUGCCUGAGCGCGAGGGUGCACAGCGGGGGCGAGCAGCGCCUCCCCGCCCGCCACGCACGCCCACGGCGCCGCGGGCGUCCGUGGGCGUGUCUGGGGACAUCUGCAGACCGUCAUCUCGAUGCCUCAGUUUUUGAUGCCACUCUUUAUCGCUGUGCUUCCAUUGUCCAAUAGUUUUGUUAUUUAUUCUUUGUUUGUUUGGCGCGAGCGUGGGACAGUGCCUUUGGGUGCCAUCGACUAGCGGAGCAGCGGUGCCAAAUGUACAGAUCGGCCAUUCUAUUGAUUUCACUCACUGGAGAGGGCGAGACGAGCUUUGGCUUAAUGCACUCAUCCACUCACCCUGUACCCCCACACACAGAACACGGAGGCCUCGGGUCCAUAGGCACACGAGUUUAGGCAGGAUCGGGAAAGCUAAAUAUCUGUGUGGUGAGCGGCGUGAAUGAUGUGCGCGGGGAGACCUGGCAACACGGCCGCGUGGUGGAGUCAAUACGGGUGUGUGCGCGCGAGCUUCAGUGGGAGACGAAACAGCGGCAGGGAGGGAGAUUCUUGCGCACGCUCCAGCCAGCCAGCCCCCCUCCCCCUCGACCUCUGCCUUCCGUGAGCCCAAACUGCCGUGGGAUUAAGAUGGGCAAGGCAUAAUGAGGCGUUUAUUUUCCAUGAGCUAUGUGCCAAUAACCAGCCCGAGGACCAAAUCGUAUAGGAAGUUGACGGUGGGGGUUUCGAACGAGUGUGUCCAGGUUUAGUGCGCCGUCAGUCAGCCAGGAGCCGCCUCUACUACAGACCGCUGGUGAAGUGUUGUGAGCGAUGGACCCAUUGAAGAUAUCGUAAGACAGGAGUUCAUACAGUGUACCAGGACAUAUCAUGCUAGUCUAUAUACCGGUAAGCUGCCCGUCCUCCUCACACCUGGGAACCACCGGCGCCGCUCCGCUCGGGGUGCCCGUGUCUCUGGCAAUGUCGAGUAUGAACAGUGGAGGAGGACAUCACCAGUUUCAGCCACAGCAGCAGCAACAGCAGCAGCACCAGCAGCACCAGCAGCAUCAAUCACAGCACCAGCAGCAGCAACAGGCCGUCCAUAUUCAUGCCCAUGCCCGUGGCCCGUCGUCCAUGAUGUGUGCCACCCCCACACAGCCCCACCACACCCACCACCUCAGUAGUGGCCAUGUCCAAUCCUCUCCACAUCAAAUGGGUGGCGCCAGUGGGGGCAGCUAUGGCAAUGUUCCUCGCCUCCACCACUGUAAUGUCCACUCCUUCCUGUGUUCAAAUCCACCACUCCAUCACCAGUACCAGAUGAAUGGGGGCUGCCUUGGCCCCCAGCACCACUAUGCCCCAAUGGUCCCUCCUGGCCACCAUACUGCUGGCCCCCUUCUGGCCCCUGCCGGGCCUCCCCAGCUCAUGGCUGCCACCCCCCAGCCCCCCCACACCCACACCUCCCUGUAUGGCCAGGCACCCAUGGCCGUGCCGCCCCCCCAGGCCGUCCCUGCCCACCUUGCAGCUGUUCCAAGCCAGCUGUCUGCAGCACCUCAGAGUCUCGGCGUCAGCGUGGCUCCCCAGAUGCCUCCCCAGCACCACCACCACACCCACACACAGCCCACACCCCCCUUAGUGACCCCCUUCCCAGCCCAUACUCACCUUCAUCAACUUCAUCAUUUACAUGCAAGCAGUGGGAGCGGCGGCGGAGCCCGCGGAGCCAGCGUCGACAUGCUGGGGCGAGGGUUGUACCGAGGCCCCACUCAGGGCCACGUGUUGGGGCGCAUGAGAGGGCCGAGAGGGAGCAGCGGAAGCAGUCUGGGAGGCACGAGGCGAAGCAGUUCAAGUUGGCGAGGUAACACCAUUCCUCCAACAGCCCCUCCGCCCCCACCUCCUCCUCCUCUUCCAAGUGCUGCUGCAGCUGCUGCCACCUACCCAGGCAUUCUCUUACAUUUCUUGGCAAUGUUAUCGCACCCCUCGCUGCACCAGUAUAGCGUGGUAGACCCAGUGCCUGCGGAGGCUCCAGACACGGAGAACUAUGAGGCCCUGCUACAUCUUGCAGAGAGGCUUGGUGAAGCCAAACCAAGAGGCCUUAUGAAGACCGUGAUUGACCAGCUCCCGUCCUAUAGGUAUACUGGGGAAAAGUCUGAGACAAAACAGAUGACGUGUGUUAUCUGCAUGUGUGAUUUCGAACUGCGGCAGAUGUUACGUGUCUUACCGUGUCUGCAUGAGUUUCAUACCAAGUGUGUUGAUAAGUGGCUAAAGGAGGGUGGCGUGCCUUGUGCCGUGUACCACUGCUGGCUGCUUGCAUGCUUGCAGUAUCAUGAUGAUGGCCUUUUUGGUGCCUGCAGUCAAACCGGACCUGCCCGAUCUGCCGUGGAGAUGCCAGCGAGUUUCUUAAAGAAGCGGCCAGUUCUGAGUGAAGCAGGUUGAAACCUUUUGAGGAGAGUUAAGCUGGAUGUUGUAUGCUAAAUAAGAUCAAGGAGGGCUGGUGAAUCUCAGGCCAAUGGUACGGUUAUUCCCGAGAGCCUCCAGGGCCACUUCUGUCUAACGUGGGAGUCCUGCUCUCUCAAGUUAGUGACCAAGAAUGAUAGGAUCACCUGCUGGUAAAGUCAAAGACCUGAUGAUCAGGAAUUACGAUCAAAAAUGUAUUUCACUGCAUGGAAACGUUCUCUAGGUGUCCAGCAGCAGUGUGAUGGGCCUGGAGGAUUGCUCAACUUGGGCCGCGGAGAGCUCUUUGUGUACUAGCUUGUGUGUGACGCUCUCACAGCUCACUGUGGAAGAUUUGAGUUCAUUAAAUGUGUGAGGAAGCUGAGUACUGCUUUUAGUAACAAGCAUUAAAUCCCAACAUUAAAGUUUUGAUAAUCUUAAUGAGUUACCUUCUUGACGCGAACUGUACCUCCGUGCAGUAUGCAUAUCUGAUUGUUCAAGGACAGUGGUUAACCUUCCCUUGUUGUUCUGUCCAAGGCUUUCUUUGUCUAGGACUCCACAGGAGUUUAUGUUUUAGCUGUCCAUUUUCUGUGUUUGCCUUCAUGUGAUGAGGCUGUGUCUGCAACAUUAGUCCUUUUACCUAUGGUGUCUUAGAUAUUGCCAGGGAGUUUUCUUCUUUGUGUUGUGCAUGAGGACAUAAUGGAUAAUGUUUACUCCAAAAAGACCCAAAUUGUUGUGCUAUGCAGUAUGUAAUAAUUCCUCUUUAAGGCUUGUUUCUUUAUGGGAAGUGAGAGGUGUGUAAAUUAGUUGUCAAAUGCUUUUCUAGAUGCAAGAAAAAAAUACAAAAAUUGAAUUCAAAUGUUAUUGUCCAGUUCAGCAUGUGUGGAACCACCAGACUCAGCUGCAUGUUCAUCUGGCAUUAGGUCUUCAGUAUUGGUGUUUAUAGCUUGAAAUCCAAAAGUUUUGCACAUCAAAUGUCAUUCAUCUUUGUCGUCGAAUUAAAUGGUUUCUCAGAUAAUGUAGUACUUUGCUGAAUAUUAUAAUAAUUAAUUGAUUAUCCAGUGUUAUCACCAGUACGUCCAGUAGCAUAGUAAGCAUAGUAACGAUUUCUGGAAAUUACAGCCACAUUUUAGACGCUUUAUUUUUGUUGUGAGCUGAUUGUGCAAUGUUUGUUUUGUGCGGUUUUAAGGGUAGGAUGAUGUGACCAAUAAGAAGCGUGAAAUUCCUUUGUUGGCGUUUUAAUUAUUUUUUAUGAUCUGUAAUAGAUAUAAAGAUGCCUGCCUAACAUUCAGCUUCCAUCACUUAGUGUAACCAAAAAGCAAGAUUCUAAAUUUUGAGAAAGCUCUUUGAGUGUGGCUGAAAUCUUGCAGAAUGUGUCCAGAGCAAGUUAGUACUUUCCUAAGCAUGCUGUCAUUGUUUGGAGUAGGAAAAAAUUGUGAUUACAUGCUUGCAGCCAAGAGAAGAUCCUUGAAACACAAACAUCAAAGACUAUUUUUCUUUGUACUAUAAAAUUGGUUUCCAUAAAAUUAUUUAGUUGACAUUGGUACCGAAAACACUAACGGUAAAAAAGAAAUGCCACGACUGGUUCAUGUAAUUUUUCUUCUUGUUCAUCUAUAAACAUCCUGCAUGCUGGGGACUGAGCUGUGGGCUACAAUCUUCAAGUAUUAGUUGAGAGUGGAGGCGUCAUGCUGAUGGAGGUUCAUCACAAGAAAAAAUUACCUAUUCCUAAGAUUUCAUUUUUGCUUCCUGUAAUGUUUGAAAUUUCAUCAGAGUUUUCCUAAGAUUUGUGAAAUACCUAGAAACCCUCUUAAUGAAAGCAGUUUCUAUGUGUUGUGUGAACUUUCAGCAUUUCCAUAUAAUACUCUCCCAGCCUCUUUGGUGUUUGCCCUCACACUAUUAAGAACAGUAACGGCCCAAUCUCACAGCCUCUCUACUUGAAAUACUAAACGUUUCAUCUUGGUUCACAGUCUCUAGAUUGGGAAGGUUAUGUAAUUACAUAUCCAAAGUAUUACACACUUGAAAAAAUAUCAGUGUUUUUAUAUGAAGAUGAAAUAUUAAGGCAGUCAUAUUUGUGAUAAUCCUUGUUUAAGCAUACAUUAUCUAUAAUGAUUCCACACUCCGUUUCCACGUUCCACUGCCUUCCUCGUAUUCACCACAAAUGCUUCCACCUCACACAGUGAACUGUGCUGCCCAGAUGGCUCUCUGGCAUCUCACAUUGGAGAACUGCAUUUUUCAUGUUGUGUUUUCACAAAUAAGUAUCUUCAUGGAGUACUUCUCUUCAGAAAAUUUUGUCACCAUGAUGUGUAACAUUAGGAAAGUAAUUGACAUUUAAAGAAAAUUCUUAAAUGCAUGUAACUUACUGAUGCCUUGAAGAAUUCAGAGGAAGUGUGAAGUGCUGAGAUUGCCAUCUGCAGCAUAUGUAUGGGUUCACUUCGUGUGUUUUGUACAACCAUGUGCCUCAUUAUUUAGUGUAACUAGCAGCAUCUCUCACAUGUCUGAAUUUGAAUGGUGCUUACCAUCACUUCCUAUUUCAGGAAAGGGGUAGAUGGCAUUUUCCAACAGUUUUUGAGAAGUCAGUAAAUUUUUAAAUCAUCGAAUAUUUUUUGUGAUAACGGCUGCAGGUCAGUGUGAGAUUUUUUGCCAAUCAUGAGUUUUCCGUAGUGUGCGUGUAUUACUCUUACUUCAGCAUAACAGGUCUUUCACUAGAGGGACAAAAGCAAUCCAGUAUACCUGCAUAAGCUUCUUUCAUGUGAGAGGAUGCUGCCGCUCUCAGUGUUGGUGCCCCUCCUCGCCGUGUGUAGAGUCAGUCAUACUUGGGUCCGGUGUAGAGCUUGCUUCCUAAUGCAUGAUAUUCCCUCAAUUCAUGGAAGUGUUGGGGUUCAGACUAAUAUUGAUUCCAAUGCAAGUUAAAUAUUUGUAAUAAUGCCAUGAAAGUGUGAUGUACUGUCUCUCGUUAUGAUAGAGAAUUUUGACGAUGUGGAAAAAUUAGUCGAUUUGUCUAAGUGGCACAUAAUAGCAUUUCUUUUAAAAAAGUUUUGUAAUUCUUGCAUUAAAGCUUAUUGCCAUAUAAAGGAUCACUAAGGGAGUUUAUAUAUAUGCUGAGAUUUUUAGUAUGUUGUGAUAUGCUUGGUGUGAAAGCCAAUAAAUGUUGGCUUUGAUAAAUGCCAAAUAAUGCCUCAAUGGUGAACUUUUUAACAUCUCAAAAGCUCGGUGUUCAAGGCUUACCCUAGGCUGACGUGAUAGCGGCCUUUUAACGACCCUAACCUUGCUGUUCAUGCCUUUUGCAGUUAUUCAUUUUUCAGUCAGAACUCUAAAAAAAUUGCGCGGUUGAAGCCAUGCCACGAAGGGCUUGUCUAAGUUUUCCUUUACCUGGCAAAAGGAUUUAGUACAGAUUUAUGAAGCAUAGAAAAAAAAAUAAUUGUGGUUGUGCUGUGAUGAUUUAAUUCCCCACUACUUAGAUGAAGACUGUGCCCCCGGAGUGUUGCGUAGCUGGGAUGACAUUUGCACUGUGUUGGAAGGGCUCCACGCAUGGGAGAGUCAACUUCAGUGUGAACCUGAGGAGAUAAACUUGAGAUGUCCUUCAAAUUGUAUGUGUAUUGGCUUCAACUGUAGAUGCCUUGAGCUGCUCAUGUGUAGUUCUCCCUUUUACUGUCAAGCUGGCCUUUUAUACAUAUUUCUUAGGCACUGUACUCAAUGGCUCAUUUAUCUUGUUAAUAUCCAUUCGUAGGUAACAUUUUCCUUUCUCUGUAUUGUAACCCUAUCUUUCUACAUACUUCCAUAUUUCCCUCUCCAUCUUUUAAAAGUGAGAGAAAGCAAUACAUUUCUAGUUUUUAGCCUGGCGCUGUAGUUUUUUAAUCUGCUGGAGGGAUUCUAGAUUUUUACUUUUAACUCUUUCAAGCAUGGUAUUCCCUAAGCUGCUCAACAGGUGAAAACGUUAGCCAUAUCAUGAUGUCAAAAGACCUGUUUUAGGAUAGAAUGAAGAGGUUGGAGGUGAGGUGCACUUAAGGACAUGCUGUUGAAUAUUGAUGUUCAGCCAUUGCAUCAAGUUUUACAUUUGUACCUUGAAAUUGCUGCAAAAUUCAAAAACAUUGAGAUUUCUUUCCCCUGUUGAGCCUGAAGGGGAUUGCCACCGUGUGUAUAAAGUAUUAUGGCUUGAUGUUCAAAGCUCACGGUAUUCUACUAUAUAUACUACCUCAGCCUUAAACAUGCUAAGCACAAUAUUCAUAAGUUGGACAUAGCUCUAAAUAGUUUCAGAACUAAUGACCAAAUUGAAAGUUUUCAAGUUUAAUAAUCCCAUGCAGAUUAUGGAAGCACAUCCAUAAUAGACUGUGUAGUGAAAGAAGGUAUUGUUUGGCACGGCUGCUGCUGCUGUAGUUGAGGUUGAAACUCCACUACAUUAUGUUAUGGAAACCAUUUUUUACGUGAUUGAACACGCUGUGUCCUGUCAACAGCCUUCUGCAGCAGGUAGUAAUAUGCUUUGACUGUCAUCGUCACCAUUUGAAAAUCAACGUUUCAAGAUCUAAAUUCAGUAUGCUACCGUAUAGAAUUUGUGCUACUUGAAAUAAAGAUCACUGCUGCAAAUUAUGGUGUGGAAGGUGGGGCCACAAGUGAAAUUACAGGAAGAAUGCAGUGACAUCGUGAGAAGCAUAUAAUUUUUAUCCAUAUCUAUAUUUUGAUUACUAGAGGGCCAGAUGUCAAGAUGUAGCUAUGUAUAAAUAUCCUGAGAUGUGGUACGCUGACUUUACCUGUCAUGCACCGUACCUGUAGUGGUUUCUUUGUGACCCCAAUUCUGCUUGUGUGCUGUCUUUGGGUCACCUCCUCAAGUUGUGGUGGGGUCAGUGUGUUGUGGCGGCUGCUGCUGUCGGUGCAGCUCUUCUUUAGUAUGUCACUGUGGGUCAGUUUUUAAGUUGGAAAAUAAUGCUCAAAGAAAACUAUCAUUUCUGACACAUUAUUGGUUUAGAACACAAGUCAAUCGUUUGCUUCUUGAAAGUUUCAAGUGACAACAGUGACCAAGAAGAACUGAUUCCCAUAUCUAAAGCAAUAUAUGAGAUAGAAAUUAUUCUUAUAUAUAUAGUUUUGCAGUGCAUUAUAAGUAACUAAAAAAAUCUGUGUAAAUAUAUUAUUGACAUGCAUUUUAUGGUAAACUUAUUCUGUAAUCCCUAGAAAAACACACAGACCAUGGAUGCGGCAAAGGAUGUCAGACGUUCUUUAUGACGGUGAAGAUCACAAUAAUUCACAUCCUUGAACAUUUACCGUUUUCAGAUACAACUGUUCCCUCUCUUAACCAUUAAGUAUAAUUUUGUCUGUAGUUGAGUCACAUCAUUUUGUGCGUCAGUUGUCAGUAAAGGUUUUGUGUCACACGUGCCGCCACUCACACACGACCGCGGGCCCUGUGUUACCUACCUUCACAGCAUCUCAAAUUUCAGACAGAAUUCUUCUGGCACCUCUAACAGUAUUUAGAGAGAGAUAUAUAAUACAGAAUUCCUUGUUUCUGUUGAAUGAUCACUGGUUGCCAAAGAAUUAUCUUGUAUUCAUGCCUUCAUUGCGGUGACAAAGAAUUCUGAUCAGCAUUAGCUAUAAAUUCAGCGUGGUUACAUGAGUGUAUCAUGCUCAAUAUAGAGGUUUUUUUCUAAAUAUGUAUAAUUUUCAUAGUUCUUCUCAGGAAAUGCCAUCAAAGACUUCCCACUGACUUGUGUAGAUGACUUACAUUGUAGAGUCAACACUUCAAGAUAUACAUUAGGUAUGGUGACAUACGGGCCCCGUCCGCACUAACCUGCCUUGUAGUACAAAUGUGCAUUUUGUAUUUCACCUAAAUUCACUUGAUUUCAUGAAUAUGCAUAUUAUAUAAAUAACUAUAUAUAUACAUAUAUAUAUAUAUGAACACAUAAUUAUGAGCAAAUAAUGGAAUGGGGGUAUUGUAGCUUUCUCCUCCACUACUAGGAUGAUCAUUGUUCUGAAUACCCAAGGCCUUUGUCCUUUUCAAACUGGAGCAUGCAGGGAAAAGUGUUGCAGACCUGUUACUACCUUAACAUACCUUUUAAUGAGUCUUGGUAGCCACUACUUCAUCACACAACACAAUCCACAUUUCAGUCGCAUACAAUAAUUAUAGAUACUUGUAUUCUUUUAUAGCCUUUAGAGUGUUUGUUAUAUUUUUGUAUUUACACUUUGUUAAAGGAGUUUUGCAUUUAUCAACCCUGUGUGCUCCCCUGUUCUAUAUGCUUACUUUAGUUCACACUACAGACACUAGUGAGACAUUUGCAGUAAAUAAUAAACUUUUUUUUUUCUUUUUUUACAUUGAUCAUGUUCUCAUUGCUAUGAAUGACACAGAAAAAAUAGUCUCAGAGAUUCCCUGCAUAGUGUGUUGCAUCAUUUACGCUUAAAAUUGGUUGUAGUUUUCAGUACGGCCGGCCGAGGGAACCUUACCGCCUCGGCCAGGCCAGGAAUUGUGCUUGCACCUAAUUUACCUGUUGGUUUGUGAUAUUCUUUUCAGCGAUUUCUACUGUGAUGUGACGAGUGACUUUGCAAUUAUAUUGUAAUGUGGGCAAAUUUGGCCAUUCUUACCUACUGCUCCUGUUACUAUUCAAGGCCUUCGAAACCAAGCGACUUCCUCCUAACUGAUGCAUUACAAAACACUUCAGUCUGUCCAAACUCCUGUAAAUACCUUAUUGUUUGCUUCUUCCUAGUUGACUUACCACUCAAGCGUGUCUUGUAACUUUACUAAUGAUCUCGUAGUCACCCAUUCCCCGGUAGGCAGUAGACAUUCCAAGGCAUUCCAGGCUUUACUCACAUGGCAUUCCAGGCUUAUAACUCAACUUCCUUGGCUCAGAUUUAGAUUAUAGAUUGACAUUUUUAGUACCAUGACCAAAAGGAUAUGUUGAUUAUGUUUAACCUCUCUUUUUUUUUUUGUAUAUUUGACAUUUUGGAAUAAUUUACAAUGAGGUCCUUCCUCCUAGACAUGGCCAUUUUUGCUCACAUGGGGUUUAUGCUUCUGGUAUGUAGAUUUCCGUAUUCUUGAGCUUGUAAGUGUCAUUGCUUUAUUGACCACACUUCAGGUAUCCCUCGUUAUAUUUCCUCACUCUACCGUUUUGAAGGUUUGGUAAAUGUACGUUCCUAUAGCAUUACUCUUUAUCAUUUUUUCUCUUACCCCUUAGAGACCAAAGACAUGAAUAGUUAAUGGACAUUUUCUCGUCAUGCAAUUUGUCACUGAUAAAACUUUUACCUGCUGCUAUUUCCUGCUAUUAGGUAUUCCCUCUCCAUUUUAUCAUCGUGAUCAGGUAUCAAAUGUAUCAGUACAGUGUUGGUAAGAUGAUAGUUUGAUGCUAGUACCAAUAAAAAACACUAAUGCCUCAUGUCUGUGAAAAAGUUGUGCAGUUGUGAAUGUCUACCAAUGUGGUUUUUAUCUUAUGGCUAAUAAAGGCAAAAAAAAUCCA